UGGAUUUGGAGAAAAUGAAAUAAGGAAGCAAGUAUAUCCGUCGCUUCGGUGACAACAACAACUACCACUUUCUCAAACUCUGUUCCUCGUAUCCCCCGAGGUUAAACACCAUGACUUCUUCUUUAAUUACUACACUCUCUCCCAACCAUGCUUCCUUCACGACCCUUCAUCACUCUCACUCUUACGGCGUCGUUUUUCUCUCCUCCCCUGUUCCUCAAUCGCCGCCUUUUCCUCCGUCUCUGUUCCAAGUUUUCACCGGUGGCUAAAACCAACAACGCCAUGUCUUCGCCAGCUGAACCGUCGCCAAUUCGUGGAAACUCUGCUGCUCACCACGACCCUGUUCCAUUAUCUGAUUCUUCUCAUGAUAAUGAAGCAAUUAUAAUGAUCGGAAGCAAUCCUGUACCCCUGUAUAAAAGGGCGAAGAAUACUUCACGAGACACUUUCUCAACUAGAUGCGAUUCAUCUGUUGGCAAACUCCCUGAGCUAAUGUCUAGGUCAGAUCAUUUACCUUCCCCAGCAACUAGUACUUGUUCUCAACACAGAAAAUCCAAGAGGAGAACUCGAAUUGACUUGGGAUUGACCAAGGAUAGUGGUGAUAACUGUAGUGAAUCUAGUUGUGGUUCCAGUUUUGAAAAUACUCAAAAUAGUAAUGUAUCACUUACAAGACACAGUGAUGAAUCACCUCAACCUAGUCAAUUUUUGAAGAAGUCUGCAUCAGCCAAUAGACCAUAUCAUAUCCAACACAAUUUAAACUGUAAAGAAGCUGGUUACGACAGAGAUUCUCCAGGUAGUACGCCAAAGUUUGAACGAUAUGACAUCUGCUUUCACGGGAAAAGAAAUUCUCCUUUAAUAGGAGGAUCCACAUUGUUUGAAAAGAACAGCGAAAGCAGCAUCGAAAUGGAGGAUGGAGCAACCAAAGAGGGGGUACUAAGGCCUGGAAUGGUUCUCCUGAAACAUUGCAUAACCCACAUAGAACAGGUCGAAAUAGUGAAACGAUGUCGUAAGCUUGGUUUGGGUCCAGGAGGGUUCUAUCAACCAUGUUUUGCAAGUGGAGCGAAACUUAGAUUGAGGAUGAUGUGUCUUGGUAUGGACUGGGAUCCUCAAACUAAAAAAUAUGGAAAUAAACGCGCAUUUGAUAGCAGCAAACCACCUGAUAUUCCCCCUUACUUCAGAAGCUUGGUUAUAAGAGCAAUACAGAAAGCACAAGAUUUAAUUCCUAGGGAACAUGACAUAAGCAAUGUGGAGGAUAUACUUCCAUCAAUGACUCCGGAUAUAGGCAUUGUUAAUUUUUAUACAACCUAUGGAAGGCUUGGUCUUCAUCAGGAUCGUGACGAGAGCAGAGAAAGUAUCCGAAAAAGGUUGCCUGUUGUGUCAUUCUCUAUUGGUGAUUCAGCAGAAUUUCUGUACGGGGAUGAAAGGGAUGUUGAGAAGGCCGAGAGGGUGCUUCUAGAAUCUGGAGAUGUGUUGAUAUUUGGUGGUGAAUCUCGUCUUGUCUUACAUGGUGUGUCAUCAAUUAUACCAGAAUCAGCUCCGCCCGAGUUGCUGCAAGAUACUCGGCUUUGUCCCGGCCGCCUCAAUCUUACAUUCCGACAGUAUUAAUACAGUCAAUAUACUUGUAGUCAUGCAUGUUAUUGAAAGGGGCAACAUUUGAUGUAUUGGUAACCUUAAAUGUUGCCCUUUUCAGUAAAAAAAAUCAUAUAAGGAGUGCCAUAGCACUUGUCCUAGUGAAUGUGUAGAGGGAUUAUGGAUUGUUUAUGUUUAUGUCCCUUGUGCACAUAACUGUCCCGUCUGAUAUUUAAUUUUCAUGCCAUGUUUGACUAAAAUUAGCAUUUCCCUCUGA